AUGACAAGAAUUAAUACGAUUAUAAAGAAAAGAGCUGGGCUAGCUAGGACAACUCCCAAUUUUAUAAUUUAUGAAAAAGAUAUCUUAGGAGUUAAACAUAUUUAUGACCUACAGAUGGAAAUGUUAUGUAAGAAUUUGUUAUAUCAAGCGAACGGGAAUAACAAAUUAAAAAUUUUAUUUAAAAUUAAAAUGAUCCAAGAACAGAAAAAGUUAUGGACCUCGAGAUGUCCUGGUGAAUUAGAAAUAACGAAUUAUAGGAAAAACAACUGGAUCAUAUCGGCAUUAAAAGCAUUAAAUAACGAAAAAAUAAAAAUUUGUAAUCAUGAAAUAAAAGAUUUUAAAGAUAAUCACAGAAUAAAAGGAGGGAACAUAGAUUUAAUAGAAUUAAUCGAAGAAAAAGAAUUUGCGACAAGUGCACAAUCAAGGAAAUCGAAAAAUAUAAUGUUUUUAGAAGAUUUAUUGGAGGCGGACGGCAUUACUUUAUUAAAGUGGAAGCACUUAUGUAAGGAACAAGGAUUGAACAUGAAAGGUAAAAUACCGAAAUGGUUCAAAAAUUUAGAACACAAAUUAUUAGCAGAUGAAAGUGGACAAGUAAGAAAAAUAAAAAAUGAAUUUAUAGGACAAUCACAAAAAGAAAAUAUUCACGUCAAUUUGUUUGAUGAAAACGAAAAACAAGAUAAAAGUAGCAUUAUAACUUGGAACGACAAAGGUGAAUUUCCGAUAUUUAGUAUAGAUAGAAAAAAAUCGCAGAGCAAAAAAUAUAAAAGAAUAGGUAUACAUUUAAUACUAGUCGGAGACCAUUAUGACCUACACAAUUCACCUCGAUUAGAAGAAUGCAAAGGAUGCUACAGAAAUAUUAGUAAGAAAAAGGGGAACAAUGAAUGUCUAAUAUAUAUAGAAAAUGAAAUAAGUAGGAAAAUAGACAGAAGAAAAGAAGAAAAUGAUAUUAAACCAUACGAAACUCUAAAUAACAUAAUUAAGAAAAAUGAGUGGUUACGAUCCUACACAAUAGAAGAAAAAAGAGAUGAGUUAUAUAAUAAAAAGAUAGAAUUAAUAGAUAAGAUAAUAAAAACGAACGAAGAAAAUUUCACAAAACUAAUUAAAAAUAGUAUUUUCGAAGAAAAUCAAUUAAACUUGGAAACAAAACAGAGAUUUUGCAUAUUAAUAGACAUUAAAAAAAAGAAAUGGGAUAUAAAUGUUGAAGGUAAACGAAUUUAUAGUUAUAACGUAAUUUGGAAAAUCUUUGUAUUAGAUACCAAAGGAAAUACAAAUGAAGAAUUGAUAUUUUUAGCGAACCAUGAGUGUAAUAACGAAAACGAAUUUAAACUUAUUUUACGAAGUAUAAUAGUGGGAAUUUUGCUAAUUAGUGAGAAUAGCGAAGUAAUUUUAGGAAUUAAUGAGAAAGUUAACAGAUUAAUAUUUGAAUUUAUUAACAAUUUCAGCAAUAGGAAAAAGAUAGAUAGUGAAUUUUAUCUUGAACUUUUAUUUUUAGAAGAAUUUUUAGAAAUGAAUAAUAUCGAAUUAAUAGAAGAAAAUGAAAAAAUAUAUAGAAUCAUAAAAGAAAAAAGAAAAGAGAUGCAAGAAAUGCUAAAAAAUAAGAAUAUAAUUAAUACGAUAAAAUAUAAUUUUGAAUUAAUAGAUGAAGGUUUGACAACGAACGAAUACAAUUUAAUUUGGAAUAAUAGAUUAAUAACAGGAGGAUUUCGUUCUUGGAGAAAAUCAGUAACGAAUGCAAUGUGGAAAAAUGAAAUUUUGAAUAGUGAAAAACUAGAAGAUUUAUUCAUGUACAAUUAUAGAAAAGAAUUUGAUUGGAUUACAAGUCUAGAAUUUAUCAGUAACAGAGUAGAAUUUUCACAAAGACAAUGCGGUGCCAAAGAUACGAUCGAUCGAUCAUAUAGAAUUAAAAAUUUGCUCAAAGAACAACCCACAUAUAAAAUUUUAUACAAAAGAAAUACUAAUAAAAUAGAUACAGAUAAAUGUAUAAGAUGUGGGAAAAAAGAACAAGAAGAUUGGGAACAUAUAUGGACAUGUGAAGAUAAUGAAUUCUCAAUCGAUGAAAUUAUACGAGAAUCACCAUAUAAAUUUGAGAAAAUUCUUUUAGAAUCCAACCAAAGCGAAGAAUUAGAUAUAUUAAGAAACUAUAAUUGUGAAUUUAUUAACAUAAUUGAAAGCCCAUCAAAUAUUUUACUAGGGAAAGGUAGAAAAUGGGAAGUGAUCAGAGGAAUAUAUAACAAUAAAUUUAAUGAUUUAUCAAAAGAGAAGAAAGUUAAAGACCUGAUUAAAAAGCUCUGGAUUUUUACAUACGAAGAAAUAAAGAAACGUAUAUGGAUUCCGAGAUGCGAAGAAAUAAAAAGAUUGGAAGACAAAGCUCAAAUAAAAAAAUCAGAUUUAAGGAGGAAAAGAGACGGAAAAGAAAUUCUGACGGAAGAAUUUCGAGAUAUACAAUUAGAUAAAAUUAAAAAACAAAAAACAACAGAAAAAUUAGAAGAAAAAACGAAAAAAAUAAAAUUAAAAAAACAAAUUAGUAUAGUAACGUUAGAUAAAAUGAAAGGAUCAAUUACAGAUGGAAAUAAUAUAGCUAGAUCUUGGGAUACAACUAUUAAGAUAGCGAAUAGUUAA